AUGGACUACCGCGGUGUUGGCCGCAGUACGUUUCUGGAAUGUGUCGCGGCACAAGCGAAUACCACAGGGUCUCCGAGCGGUAAAGACUUCGACCCGUCGGAGGUCCCUGCCUGUGCCCACGAUGUAGAAUACGAGUACGGGGACCUUGCCGCCUUCUCGGUUACAAGCUUGGCCACAGACUUGGCGACCUUCAUCCCGGAGCACACCAAUGACGCCGAUACAAUUGUGUACGGCACCAGCUAUGGCACAAUUUUUGUGGAACGAGUGAUGCACCUGGCCCCUCCUAAGGUGACGGGGUACGUCUUGGACGGUAUCGCAGCAACAUCAGGGGCCCCAGCGAACGAGUUUUUCUACAUGUCCAAACGUGACGUGGAUUUCGGUAUCGUGGGCGAUCGGUUCCUGGAGCUCUGCGCCCAAUACGCCACCUGUAGCACCUACUUCAAUAAGCCAAACACGCUGCCGAAGACGCUUCAAGACUUGGUGUCAGACUUUGACAAGGACCCAAACUCGACGUGUGCGACGCUUUUGCAGGACGUGGCUAAAUUCGGCGAGAUUUUACCUUCGGCCACGUGGCUUGACCGGUAUUCGGCCGGCAUCCGCAGCCCGCAGGAGCUACGGAAACUCAUCCCACCAGUUGUUUACCGCAUGAAUCGCUGUGAGGCCAAGCACGCCGACGUCUUGAGCCAGUUCAUUUUAUACUUCAACGCGUUUGUUACUGCAUCAUCCCAAGACGACGCCUUCUACUCCCCGCUUCUCUUCUACCUCAUCUCUUACUCGGAGAUGUGGGAGCACCCGCAGCCCUCCAAGGCUGGAAUGGAAAGAACGCUCUGA